CCUCUGGUGUCACCUCCAGUGUCCCCUCCCCACUCAGGGCUCAGCGUUACCGGCACCUCAGCCUUGGGGACAGCAUGGCCUCCAGUGUCCCCUCCGAUGUCACCUCCGAUGUCACCUCCAGCUCCAGCCUGUCGCACGUGCUGUCACAGUGGCAGUCGGACCCCGAGGCCAUCCUGCUCAGCCUGGGCUUUGCGGGGCCCGACCCGGGGGUCUCUGCCCGGGUCCCCCCGCGCUUCUUCUCGUGCCCGUCCCGGGCGAGCGGCAUCGACCUGGGGCUGUUCCUGCGGGCCCAGGAGAGGCGACAGCGCAUGGAGGACACGAGCCUGCAGCUGGCCAGUCGCUUCCAGCAGUUCCAGGCCUUGGCCGCCACCGCCGACGCUUUUUUCUGCCUCUACUCGCACGUAUCGCGGAUCCCCCUGCAGCGCAUCGCCGCCCCCCGGCCCUAUCGCGACAUCCCCGACAGUGUCGAGCCGCGCCUGAAGCGCGCGGUGACCUCGCUGUGCCUCUACACGGGGAGGGGACACGGCGACAUCCCCGGGGGGGGGACAUGGGGGGUCACCCCCAACACCCCGGGGGUCGGGGGGCUUCGGAAGGAUCGCGACACGAGGCGAUUGUCGGCGACAUGGGACGCUGUCGGGACAGCGUGGGGACACCCGGAGCGCUGCUGUCCCCAUAUCCGGGGGGGUGGCGGGGCCGGAGGGGACACGAGGGACACGCGGGGGGUUGGGGACACCCCCGAGAGCCCCCGGGGUCACCCAGGAGGGACCCCCGGGACGGUCCCCAAAAAUCCGGAGCGGAGAGGAGAGGAGGAGAGAGCGGGGAUGGAGGAGGUGUUGAGUGAGGAGGAUGAUGAUGAUGAU